UCGAAACAUUUAUAUCUCGUGCACAGACGAUUGCUCACCACUGAAGAAUUACACUGCAGAAGUAAAUUUCUGCGCAAUUUCGAUGAAAAAUUUGCUAUCAAUUGUCCUUUGUGUUGUUGGUGUGCAGGCAUGGUGGACGGAAUUCGAGCUGGCUGGAGUGGACAAUUCAGAAGAAGGAAUAUUAAAAUCAGAUCUGAAAGUUACGCGAUUCAAUAAAACGACAUACACGUUAGGUGGGAUCAUCGAAAUAACUGACAAUUUGGAGCAGGACUAUGACUGCGAGGCUAAAAGUGCCGUCAGCCGACAAGGCAAUAAUCAGUUCACUUUUUUGCCGUACAAAAUCUCGCGAGAUAACUGCUGUCAAUUUUUCGAUUCGCUCUAUUUUCGAUUGCUCGAAAAGGAGCUAGCUGAGUAUUCUGAUCUACCGAAGCGAGAGAACGGCAUUUCUCUAUGUAACACGUAUAAGAAGGGAGUCUAUACGCUCAAACCCGAUCCGGUCGACAAAAAUAUAUUCGUUAAAUACGUUGAUCCUGGCACGUACAGAGGUGAUAUAAUGUUUUUUCGAAAAGGAUCUGCUGAAAUUUCGUCAAUAGUUAGUGUCUAUUUGAAAUUGUACUAAACACCGGCGUAGUGUAACUGUAACUGAACAGAAUAUAUCUGAAUAUUGGAAUAGAA